GCAUAUGUGUCCUUGUGGGGAGCUGUGACCUUGCUGUGACAGUCCUUCCCUGCCCUCCCCAGGGCUGUACGGGAAAGAUGGCAUCCUGCCGGCUCGCAAGAUGCUGCGUUUCACUGGGAAGGGGCUCUGGGAGCAGCUGCGUGACUUCCCCACCCUGCUGUGGCUCAGCCCGCGCCUGGGCCUGGACACGGAGCUGGGCAUGGAGCUGCUCUGCCUCGUCGGCGUGCUGGCCUCCUUCGGCGCCCUGGUGUUCGAGCCCCUGCGGGACAGCCUCGUCUUCGCCCUGCUCAGGAUGCUCUAUCUCUCAGUCUACCAGGUGGGACAGGUGUUCCUGUACUUCCAGUGGGACAGCCUCCUGCUGGAAGCAGGUUUCCUGGCCGUGCUUGUGGCCCCCCUGCACCUGCUGAAGUGGCGCUCCACGGCCUGGCGCGCCCACGACAGUGUCACCUUCUGGCUGGUGCGCUGGCUGCUCUUCCGCCUCAUGUUCGCCUCCGGCGUGGUGAAGCUGACCAGCCGCUGCCCCACGUGGUGGGGGCUCACAGCUCUCACCUACCACUAUGAGACGCAGUGCAUCCCCACGCCAGUUGCCUGGUUUGCCCACCAGCUCCCUGUGUGGAUCCAGAAGUUCAGCGUGGUGGCCACCUAUGUCAUCGAGAUCGCCAUCCCACUGCUGUUCUUCGCACCCAUCCGCCGCCUCCGGCUCUUUGCCUUCUACAGCCAGGUCCUGCUGCAGGUGCUCAUCAUCCUCACGGGCAACUACAACUUCUUCAACGCGCUCACCAUCAUCCUGGCCUUCUCCCUGCUGGAUGAGGAGCAUGUGGGUCGCUGGCUGGGGCGCAGUAAGAGGAGACAUGCCAGCACCUGGCCUCCCAGCCUGCGAUCGUUGCUCUCCACGCUGCUGCAGCUCACUACCUAUGGCUUACUGGUCUACUGGAGUGUCCGCUACUUUGGCCUGGAGAUCAACUGGGAGAAGAAGCUGCUGGACUCCAAAGUGGCCUUCACGUACCACGAGUUCACCAAGUGGCUGCAUGCAGUGACUCUGCCCCUGGUGGGGCUGGGCUUCCUCUCGCUGUCCUGGGAGAUCCUGUCUGCCAUGUACAGGUGUGUCUGUGUCCGCGGCUUCUUCUGGAAGCUCUGGGCCACGCUGCAGUGGGCCAUCUUUGCCACAGCAACCAUGGGCAUGUUUGCCGUCAGCUUGGUGCCCUUCACCUACAUAGACUACGAGUCGAAUGGCAAGCUGUGGCCUGGCAUCCACCAGAUGUUCAACGCAGUCGAGCGUUUCCAGGUGGUGAACUCCUACGGGCUCUUCCGCAGGAUGACGGGCGUCGGGGGGCGGCCCGAGGUGGUGCUGGAGGGCAGCUAUGACAAGCAGAUAUGGACGGAGAUCGAGUUCAUGUACAAGCCAGGGAACCUCAGCACGGCUCCCCCCAUAGUCGCCCCGCACCAGCCCCGCCUCGACUGGCAGAUGUGGUUCGCGGCCCUGGCGCACCACAGCAGCAGCCCCUGGUUCACCAGCUUCGUCUACCGCCUGCUGCAGGGCAAGAAGGAUGUGAUCCGCCUGGUGCAAGCUGACGAGUCGAAGUACCCGUUCAACUCUCAGCCGCCUGUCUACAUCCGCGCCCAGCUCUACAAGUACUGGUUCACAGACAGCACGGAGGCGAGGGAGGGGGCCGCGCCGUGGUGGCGGCGACAGCACGUGCAGGAGUUCUUCCCCACCGUGUCCCUGGGCGACCCCACCCGGCCCUCCCCCGGCCCCACCGUGCUGUGGUCCCUGUACCUCAUCGCAGCUACAACUUGUCUCUUGCGAGCUCUGGGCCGCCGGCCCCGGGGGGGCGCACCCCCUGGCCGCCACAAAGGCCCCAAGCGGGGGGACCCUGCGGACCGAGGGGGCAGCGAGAAGAACGGGCAGGUGAGGAAGAAGGAGGCCAAAGAGGCGGAGGAGAAAGCAGAGGGCUGUGCCCGGGGGGGUGGUGCUGAGAGCCAUGCCGAUGGCCUCCGCAGCAAGAAGAAGAAGUAA